AUGCCUCAGUACUGGCGCGUUGCUGGACUUUCGUAUUUACAAUAUGCAAAUGUUUGUGCGGAGUAUGUGCGUCGUGUUCUGAAAGAACCUGAGCGUACGAAGGCGCUUUCCCGAGCGGGCUACUCGAUGAUAAAGGCGACCUGGAAGGACGGUAAAGUGGCCUCGCGCGUAACACUGGAGUCGGCACUGCUCGAUGAUCCAGUAAAGUCCAUAUCAGCCGCUGCUGCCGCUUCUGAAAAGAACAACUCCUGA